UCUCUGUUCACGAUGCGAUUGCCCGGUGCUCAGUUUUGGCAGGUGCUAUCGAUUAUGCGGAUGUUGUAGGUUCCAUGAAAGAGCAUGAAGGCGUAUGAAGUCUGUCGUAUUUUUAGAAUAAAAUGGUGCUACAUCACGGUGUGAGUUACCAGGUAUGUCAGCACGACGAGGAUGGGAUCUACUCUGGCGAAUGAACAAGAGGUCCUGUGCUUUGACUUUGAUUAUGUGUGCUGGGGUACUUUACCUCUCAUACUCCUUCAACUCGUGUCUUGUCAUAAACUUGACCCGAGCAAUUCGACAGCAAAGAGCCCGAGGUUUGCUGUCAUUAGUUGCAACAGCACCAAAGCCAAUCCUAGAUGAACAUGAAGAAAAACAUAAAGUGUGGCAGGAGAAACAAACUAUAGUGCGGGUGGUGCCACUCACCUGGACAGGGUUGGCUCUAGGUAAUGAGUCAAAUGGAGAACCAUUGGAUGGUGCUCCUAAGUAUAGGUUCCUUCGACAGCAAGGUUUACGUCCAAGCCGUAAACUUCCAGAUGCUCUCAUCAUUGGUGUGAAGAAAGGUGGGACUAGAGCAUUGCUUGAAUUCAUACGCCUCCAUCCAGAUGUCCGUGCUGCAGGAUCUGAGGUUCAUUUCUUUGAUCGGUUUUACAGAAAGGGAUUUACUUGGUACAGGCAUCAUAUGCCUCCAACUUUGGAAGGCCAGGUGACAAUGGAGAAAACUCCAAGUUAUUUUGUGACAAGGGAAGUUCCACAGAGAGUCCAUCAGAUGAAUCCUAACACCAAACUUCUGAUUGUGGUGAGGGACCCUGUCACCAGAGCUAUAUCUGAUUAUACACAAGCAGCCAGCAAGAAGGUUGGCAUGCGUAGAUUUGAAGACUUGGCAUUUUUGAAUGGUACUGGUGGUCUGGUAGAUACAUCAUGGGGACCCGUCAAAAUUGGUGUAUAUGCUCGGCAUUUGGAACGCUGGUUGCGUUGCUUUCCUUUGAAUCAACUUUUAUUUGUCAGUGGUGAAAGACUUAUAGUAGAUCCAGCAGCAGAGAUGGCUAGAGUACAGGAUUUCUUGGGUCUGAAGAGAGUUGUGACUGAAAAACAUUUCUACUUCAACUCAACAAAAGGUUUUCCAUGCUUGAUGAAGUCUGAAGGUCGGUCUAGUCCACAUUGUUUGGGAAAGACUAAGGGCCGCAACCAUCCACAUAUUGACUCCUCUGCUGUAGAGCGCUUGAGAGAAUUCUACAGACCCUUCAAUGCUCGUUUCUACCAGCUUACAGGAAUCAACUUUGGUUGGCCUUGAGAGGAUCAUCAGCAUGUAAUUUAAUGUGUUAGAUAAGUAUAAGCGCUUUUUUCAAGUAAUAUAGUCAAAUGACAAGUGGUGAAAUACAAAGUGAGCAAGUAAAAAGUUCAGCAUGACCACAUCUGUGUCCAAAUACAGAUUACCAUAUUUACUUGAAUAUAAGAUGAUCACGCCUUCUGAAGUCUUAAUUUACAGAAAGGCUUAAUUUACCGAGUCAGCAUUACUCAUCUUAAGCCCAUGUGCUUCUUUUAAUCGGAUAGUGUGUGACCACUUCUUGUGUGAUGGAAGGCACUGUUCAGUCACUCUGGUGUUAUGCUCGGCACUCACUUUUGCUCAGUAACUAUGCUAUGGAUAGCAGUGGUACCUCCACUAAAAGCAUUGAAUGCUUUUUAAUGAUGGUGAUACAAACCUGGUAAAGUAUUUUGUUUUGUUUGUCAUUACAGGACAACUCAUCUUUCAGAUGGUAAAUUUGGAAGAAUAUUUUAUAUUCAGGUGAAUAUGAUGUUUCUGUCCUAAAGAACUGUGUUAAUUUUUGUAGCAUUUCACAAUGUUAUUGCAAGAUUUGUUCUUUUGUAGUGAGAGGGUAUCAUCAGCAUGAAGCUGUCGUGUUACAGUAACAGAAAACUUCAGUCAUUUCUAUUCUUGACUUAAAAGGUUAUGUCUUUGAGAUCAUCACUGGAUUUGUAGAUAUGAUUUUUUACUGUUAAAAAUUUUAUGACUGCUUUUACUGUGGCUUUGUAAUUUAUCUAAAUUCCAGAAAUACAGGACCAACAGAAUGGUUGAAUGCAAUUUUCUAGUCAUUUUCUGACCAUAUACAUCAAUGGACCAAUAGGUGAUGAAAUCACCAACCUGUAGUUGUAUGCGAUUUUUUAUCUUGGUGUGCCAAUUAAUUUUCAUCUCUGGUAUAUAUGUGCUCAUUCAGCAAUCUUGUGUACAUGCCAAAUAGUUUCAAGUGUCAUACAUUUAAACUGUUUUACAAUUUGAUAUAUGUUUUAUAAGGGCUUCUUUAUCAUUGUAAAGUGUAAUUAUUCUGGUAUACUCAGAAACAGUAGUGCUGAACAAGUUUUGAUUUAUGACUGACAGGAAGUUUACAUAUUAUCAGCACUUAUUUUUUCUUUUUAACCAGAAAUAUAUAUAUAUAUAUUGUACUUAUUAUUUAAAUAUUUACUGUGAAGCAAUGCACAACAUUAAAGGAACAAGUAAUUUAUUUUUGACAUACAAACACCUCUUCUUUUUGCACAUGUAUGUGACAUGGUCUUGUCUUGCCAUUAUUAUUAAUUGCCUGGCUUCCUUUUUUGUAUGGUUCAUGUGGAUUCACAUCUGCUCCAACUGCAGUGGCUACCCAGUAGAUUCAUAAAGCUACUUUGUGUUGUUUGAAAUAUAUAAAAAAAUUCAAUUUAUCAUCCUAUCAAUUAUUUUAUUAACCAAAAACAAUAUGUACACAAUAAGAAGACGCCACUCUGAUGGAAUGGGUUUUUAAAGAAUUUCAUUUUGGUAGUGGUUCUUACUGAAACAAAUUGAUUAAAUAUCAGUUUUUGUCCCUGUUCAGUAAUUCAGACAUUCUGGGCAAAUUUUAAAAUUAUAUUUACUUAUUUUAAUGGAAUAUAAUAGUGUGACUUCUUUAAGAAGUCCAUGAUUGUUACUAUUAGAUUAUACUGAGUAAUUAAGGCUGCCACCAAAAUAAUUUUUAUACGUUUCUUUCUAUUUAUGACAAAAAUGAUUUAGAAAAAAAUUAUAGAAUUAUACUGUGAAUUAAACAUUUUAUGUUCCAUACUGUCCUCUGUUUGAUGAACCAUUAUUUCAAAACUGGCUGUGAAUGACAGAUUUUUCUUAUUCCUUGAGUGGUGGAUAUAUGACAUAAUUUGUGUCACUUGAUGAGAGUAAAUGUCCUUAGGCUAAAAAGUAUAUAAAAGGGGUUAGGUUUGUUGUGACUCAUUCUGGGUUUUUUCCCCCAAGAUUUCUUCUUUGCAAAAAUAAAACUACAAGUAUUUUUAUGAUACAGUAUAAUUUGUUGCAAGUUUUUCAGUGUUUCACCUGUUUCUGCUGCUGGCUUUAUUUUCUGUACUGCCAGGUUAGUUUAACAAAAAAAAUUUUUUUUCCCUUUUAUCUGACUUGUCCUAUGUCCCAUUUACUUUUUACUAUAGAAAAUAUGAAUCUUGAAGUAUUGUUCUACACAUUUAUAAUUUUUUUUUGGAGUGUAUUAAGUAUUCCUCAGAACCUCUUAAUAAUUUCUGAUUUUCACUUUCCUGUACUGAAUUAUGUUGAAAAUCACUACAGUUGUCUGAUUUUCUUUAAGAAAGUAUGACUAUAAAUGCUUUUGUUUUCAAAUAUGUUCUAAAAAUAUUCCUGCUCACUGAAAAACUUACUAAUAUAUUUCCCUGAAUACCUAUAGGUACUGAUAUAUUUUAUAAUUGGUAGUUCUGGAGUUAAAUUACUUCAGAUAAUAUUACAUUUUAUUAUGUUUAUCAUACUGCAGUAUGGUAAGUGAAGUUAAAGUCUAUGAAUAGGUGUUCAUACUUGUUUUUAAGUUUGGAUGGUUUAGUGUUGUCCUGUACAUGGUGAUCAAGACUUUCUGUCCUCAGGAGAAAAUUUAAAUUGCAAUUAUGCUGGACCUAAUAAGGUAUUGUGAAUUUAUUGUAGUUUUCUUUUUGACAGUCUAUGGAUUUUAAAAUGCUAUGCUAGGUAUUAUGUAGGAAAAACAGUUAAAUGCUGACACACACACACACACAUAUAUAUAUAUAUAUAUAUUCUUUAAAAUGAGAGAGAGAGGUCUACAUAAUUAAUUGAAAACAACAUUGCAAACUGGUUUGCAGAUUAAAUUUAAACAUCAAGUUGUGGAAAGUGGAUACCAUGGUUAUAAGGGUUAUAUUUUGAGGAGACAAUCGGGUGAAUGUAAUUGUAUGUUCUAAAUCAACUGGUUUAGAUUAAUUAAUGGCAUUUAUAACUAAUAAUAGAAGCAACUGAAUUUGAAUAUCACAGUUCUGAUGGCGCUAGGUUUUAAACACAAAUAUAAUUUAUUUAAACAGUAGGCACAUCUUGAUGAAAAUAUCUUGUAUCUGAUUGUCUUAUACUGAGGUUAGAAUUUGUAGAGUUAACUGUAGAUUGUUUUGUUAACCAAAGGAACACUGCAAAGAAUGUUGUACUAUUAUUUUAGUCUGUAUUAGCAGUUUUUGUUAAUAAUUUGUACAUGUGAUGGAGUUUAAAAUUGGAAGUUAUGGUGAUGACAUUUCCAAAUAAUUAUGUAGCAGAAUAGAUUAGUAUGUUUUUCUAUUACUAAUGAAGUUGGCAUAACUAUUUUAUUGCUGUGUAGGAUUUGAGGUUUUGUUUUAUUGCUAAUAUGACACAUUAUUUUGUCAUGGAUUAACCCAUGUCCAUUUACACUGAACCCCUCAGGUAAAUAGCAAAGAUUGCUAGUUAAGUAUUUCAUUUCCCCAUCUGUAAGCAUGAUUUAUUUGUAUUCUUGAAUAUGUGCAAUGUUAUUUAUAUUAAGUAUUUAUAAAACUUACAAGUUCCGGUACUUAUAUUCAUAGAACUAAAGAUAUGUACUUCUUGUUCGGUUAAAAUGAAGUCCACCAUUUUAACUCAUACAGUUCAAGAACUUUUUAAACAGGGAUUAUGAUCUUAAGACCUUAAGCUGAUCAUUAUUAGUAGAUUGCAGUUUUAUGAAGAAUUUUUAUGGUCAGUAAUUCUCAUAGAAAUGGUACCAGUACAGAAAGAUAGUACUAUGCUUUUUGGUGCCUUAGGUACUGAAUAAGAACAAGGAGCAGAGUUAUAGCUAUAUGUUCUAUUUGUAGUUGCACUUACUUAUAGUGCACUGAUAGGAAUUUGUGUCUUUAAUUGUUUGUGAUAGUUAUAUAACCAUAUAACUAGGAGAAAAGUAGUAUUGCUUUUUAGUAAAAAUGGUUUACAAAAAUAGCAACAUACACAUUAAUUGCUGCUGUGAACAUGUCAUAGUGUGAAGUCAGCAUAUUGUGGUUGCAUUUUUAAAUGCAAAGAUGCAGGUGCUGGUAUUUCUGAAAUGUGAGUCUGAUAAGUCAAGAUACUGUUGGGGGGGGGGACAUGAACUAUUCUUUCUUCUGUAUCAAAGUUAUCUCAGGCUACCAGUUGUGUUGGGUGGUUAUAAAGUGAAGAAGAAAAAACUUUUCUUCACUUUCAUACUGUGUCUGUAAUAUUUUAAUCACAUCAAUGUUUUAUCACCAAUUUACAUAACCUUUACCACACCAAAUUCCACAUGCUUAAUUAUAAUUAUUCAUCAGUUAUAAAACUGAAAACUAAAUGCUUACUUCAUGUAUUGCCAUAUUAUCUUCUGUAAUAUACAUAAAAAUAACUCUGGAGCAGACUCCUUGUUUUGCUGCUGGUCAAGAAAUUCCCUGCCAUUUAUAGGACUUGUAGGUUCAUUAUUGUGUUGACAAGAACUCACCACUGGACUGUAAAAUAAAAAUGGUUGUUACCAGUUUGCUUGUCCCCCCCACCAAGUUAAAUUUGCAGCAUUAAGUAUAAGGUGAUUCCAAAUGUGUGUGAGAGGAACUUACUAACCAAACAUUCAGAGGGCAGAAAUAGGAAAGACCAAAUAUGCUAACAUCAAGCAUACAUUUUCAUAAUUUAACACUGCUUAACAAUAGCCCAAUAACUUAAAACAAGUGGAAAAGUGAAUACACAUAUUCAACAAAUGAAUUCUUUGCAAUUCCUUUUCUCCACAUAAAAUAACUCCUGCUUCCCUUAGUCCUAUACAAUUCUUAGAAACAAUUUUUUAGAGUAAAUAUCAGGUGGAUUAAGAUGAUCUCUACAUCCAGUUUGAAUGGAUGGAACUAGAGAUGCAUACAGAAUUUUGGUAGCCUGUUUGGCAGAUUAAUACUAAGUUUUCAGGAUUGUGUCCAUUUGUUGGCUUCGGUGUUGGUAGUGUUGAACUGUUUGCAUAUUAUCAGACUUCAUUUCAGUAUGUUUCCACUAAAUAUGUAUUCAUUGUAAAUGUUAAUUAUUAAUAGUGUGGUGAUGGUGUUAUAGGUCAGAAUCUUGACUACAGUAAAACUUAAUUCAUUAAACCUC